CUGCACAUCACAGCCUUGGCACACCCCCAGCUCCUUGCCAGCAGGAAAAACGCAAACUGCAGCUUUUUGGGCACUUCCUGGUUUCCUUCCCUACCCUGUUCCUUCCUGUUCAGAAAAGUCUUUGGUCCCAGGUGGCACCCAGAGGUGGUGGACACCCCUGGCCAGUUUGAUGGCUGCAUAGGAGCCAGGGCUCUGUAGCGAAAGGCCACUCAGGCUCAGCAGACUCAUCUCUCAGCAGAGCCCUGGGAGGGGGAUAUCACUGUCCUGAGGUGGGUUUGGAAGGUGACCAGCUGGAACCUUCUUAAUCCCUGGAGCAGUGAGGUUCCCUGGGACCUGCUCAGCGUGCUGAAAGCUGCCUGCUGGGUUGAGUACCUUCUAUAUUAUUUUUUAAGCAUGAUAAUUACACUGCUGUGAUUGCCAGGGUAGGGGCACUCCUGCCAACACGGUGCUGCCUCCUGCCAGCUGAUGUCUCCUGUCUUGGCUGGGGAGAGCUGCUGCGGUGAGCAGCACAGCCAUGUGGAUCCAGCCCCAUCCAUGCUGCUGGAGGUGUGGAUCCAGCCCCAUCCAUGCUGCUGGAGGUGUGGAUCCAGCCCCAUCCGUGCUGCUGGAGGUGUGGGGUUGUACCACUGUUGCCCUUUCCUUGCUGUGUGCACCCCAGAAGAGCCUCCAGCAGCUCCCUGCUGCCAGGCUGUGGAGACCUCGUGUCAUCGUGCUCCCAGUGAAGUGUCCCCCAGAAAAGCCCUGCCGUGGGUGGGUGACUGCAGGGCUGGUUUUGGAGGAGCUCCUCUCCCACAGGCACUGGGAAGGUGGCAGGCGCUGUUUAUCUCAGUUGUGUUUGCUGGGGCUGGAGAGCAAGUGUGUGUUAGCACGCAGCAGAUGGGCCUGGGGAAUAGGUGCUGCACACAACCCUGUUUCCUCACUUGCCUGCCGGGAAAGGAGCCAACCAGGCUCUUUAGGGAGAAGUACGGAGCGUGGACAGGCUGUGGUUGGGUUUCUCCUGCUGGUUGAGUUUGUGAGGAAGGUGUUGCUGUGGGGCAGAGGCUGCUGCCACGAUCCACCAUGUGGUGAUAUGAGUUGGACCAUGGAAAGACAGGUUCCAACCUGGUCCCUCUGGGAUCUUUGGACCUUUAACUUAAGCCUGGUGUUCCAGGCAGGGACUGGAACUGUCCAUGAGCCCUAGCAGGAGUCUGGGGGCAGCAGGCUGUGGGCUGGUCACCAAGUCUAGGGGACUGGUAUCUUGUGGGGGACAGCUGAAGAUUCGUGUCCCAUGUCCUCUCCCAAUUCCGUGCAUUUCCUGCUAGUUUUCAGGGAAAACUGUGGCUUCUGGGCAACAUGAUAUGGUGCAACAGCAGGCAGGGAAGUCUCCUGCCAAAGCUUGUCACACUGGUGGCCUGGCCACUGCAGGACCUUGGAGGGAAGAGCUGAUGGCCUUUCUGGAAGGCUUGUUUUCCUGAGAAAGUCAAGUAGGUGGAAAUCUCAGCAGCAGUUGGGCAGUGUUAGGAGCUGACUCCUGUGGCAUGGGGGGAGAGGAGGGACCAGGAGGGGGACAGUGUAGCCCAGGAGUGUCACAGCUUAGAGGAGAGCACUGCAGUGUCCUGGCUCCUGCCUCUCUUCCUGCUGCUGAGCCUGAGUCUCCUGCCUGGACAAGUGAAAUGAUGCUGCCUUUCCUGAGCCUGCAGCUCAUCCCUGACACCACAUCAAACAAGUCUGGUGAUGCAGCUCAUCCCACUGUCCCCUUGUGUGGUACUUCUGCCUUUUAGGUUAUCCUGGGUUUUCCCUUCUCUAUGGGAAGGGAUAAAGUGAUUCUUUCCAUGGUCCUGUGGUGGCACUGCCAGGAGCCUUUGCCUGCUGGGCAAAGUGUGUGAAAGGGAUGUGUGCAGCAGGAGGGUUGGUGGCUGGAUGUCCAGACCCUCUGGAAGCACUGUGGCAUCUGCAUUUAGAGGUGGGUAUUUUGGAGGCAGCACAGUGUAUGGUGGGGAACAGCAUGGAAUGCUGCAGGAGGAUGGCCAUGGAUGGCACAGAUUGCUGACAGGCUUCACUUGCCUUUUGCUGAUGCCUGUGGUUUGAUGGACCUCACCCAGUAAGACAAAUGGAUGUGACAGGAUCACAGUGCCCUUCAUGGCCCCGUUUGCUGCUGGAGCCGGGCACGGAGCUCCUUCUCUGCUUGAGGAAUGAUCUCCCUUUCAGUCCUUGUGGGCAUGGUGCUGCCACACAGGAGAGCUAUGUGCAGUGGCUCUCAGCUGUAGGACUUGAGGCAGAAAAAUCAAUGUUUGUAUUUCUCUUAGCUGGGAAUAACUCCAGUAAAUAAAUACCUUGCAAAGUUCAAACGAUGCAGGCACGGUAUAUGAACCAGAAUGAAUUUUCAAGCUCUCUCUUGCAAUAAAAUGGAUUUCUUGAUUUCAGGCUUUAUUUAGAGAAGUGUUUGAUUUAAGAAGGGAGAUGAAGGUUAUAUCUGAUCUCUGUGAGGCAGAGCUGCUCUUCCAGUGGCUGUAGAGUGUGGUCUGAAAAUGUGGUUGGAUUGCUGCUGCUGCUGGAGUGUUCCCAGGAGAGUUUCUCGUCUAGCAGCCAAAGGGAGAGUCACCAUCCUCUUCCCCAUGGGGGUUCUGGCUGCAUCCUCUGUCCCCUCCAGACCCUGCUGCUGCAUUGCGGUCUGCUCAGUGCCUUGGGAAGCUGGAUGUGCAGGUGCUGCUACUGGGGACUCUGGAGACCAGCCAGGACCCAGGUCCUUCCAUGGGCAUCUUGGAGCUUUCUGCACCUGCCCUCUGUGGCAUUAAAUGUUCUCCUUCCCUUCUUUGUUCCAGCCAGCGUGGUGAUUGAACUGGAUUGUUGAAGGGAUGCUGGAGAGGAAGCCCAUGGUGAGCCCAUGAGGUGCAGCUCCCAUGGCUGGUAUUUCCUUGGUCUGUGAAGGCCUGAAUUUGCUGUUCCCAGGAAGAGCUGAGGGCAUGGGGUGGACUUGGUGGCUUCUCCUGCAGACUUGGCCCUGUCCAUGACCUCAGGCGAGCAGAGCAGGGUGGAAGGGGUUGGAAGGGGACCUGCUCUGCUGGAGAGAAGCACAGCUGGCCUGGAGGUUGGGUUCGAGGUUGGGUUCAACCACGUUGUCUGGGAGCAGGAGUGCACGGAGGAAGGGCUCUGGGCUUGUGCUGCACUUUUACCUGAGGGAGAGCUGUUCCUUGUGUGGAGGAGGAGGAGGAAGCAGAAAGCUCUGCUUCAGCCUCGCCUUUGCUCCAAGCUCCAGGAAAUGACCCCGAGCAAGGGACAAAGGGCACCAUGCAGGGCUGGGAUUCCUUCUGUGGUUCUCCGAGUGUGUGCACAUAUGGCAGCACUGGGAGGGCUGCUCCCUGCAACCCAGAGGUUGCUGUGGCCCCUGGAGCUGGUGCUGCUGCUGUGCUUCACUUUCUGAAAAUUGAACCUACCCAGAAAAAACUGUGACUUCCUGCCCUGGGAAGAGGUGGCUCAGGUGCACGUUGGACCCGUUCUCCCAACAGGGUUUCCAGCAUUCCCAGGCAGCAUUGGAGGUUUAAGCUGAGGGCUGGUGUUAACUGCAGGGCUCUGUGGCCUCUGUGCUUCCCAGCCACUCCCACUCUCCCGGCUCCAUGGCUGCUGUCCGUGAGUGGUCCUGCACCCGCUGCACCUUCCUGAACCCCGUGGGCCAGCGGCAGUGCUCCAUCUGCGAAGCCCCUCGUCAGAAACCCGACCUCAACCACAUCCUGCGGCUCAGCGUGGAGGAACAGAAAUGGGCCUGUGCCCGCUGCACCUUCAGGAACUUUCUGGGCAAGGAGACCUGUGAGGUGUGUGGCUUCACCCCCGAGCCAGGGCCCAGUGGCUCCCCCUUGCCCGUCAUCAACGGCAUCUUGCCCAAGCCCGCCGUGCUCGUGGAGCCCAAGGGCACGUCCAAGGAGGAGGCUGCCAAGGCAGAAAGCAGCAGUGAGGACUCGGAGGGGAAGAGCCCCGAUGAAGCGGAGCUGGAGAGCGGCUGGGCCUGCCAGCGCUGCACCCUGCACAACACGCCCGUGGCCAACUCCUGCUCCGCCUGUGGGGGCCCACGCAAGCUCUCCCUGCCCAAGAUCCCCCCAGAGGCGCUGGUCGUCCCUGAAGUCAUCACCCCGGCCGGGUUCCACGUGGUCCCCUCCACCCCGCAGCCUUCAGUCUCUGCAGAGAUCUCUGAUGGUGAUGCCACGGCCACCCAGGGCCCCGUGGCUAUGGAACAAGAGGCCCAGAAGAUACCACCCUUCAGCCCUUUCUCCCCGGGGCUGCAGAACAACCCUGUGCCCCGAAGCCGGCGGGAGGUGCCCCCCCAGCUGCAGAUGCCAGGCCCCGAAGCCCCCCAGCCUGCGGCCCCGAGCGCCGCGGGGCAGAAGGGCUCUCCCCAGAGCCAGGCCAGGGCCGCCCCCGCCGCCCGCUUCCCAGAGCUGCUGUCCAACAAGCGGCUGAGCGUGCUGGAGGAGGAGAUGGAGGUCAGCCCGUCCCACUGGAAGUGCAGCUCCUGCUCCCUGCUCAACUCGGCCGGGGCCGGCAAGUGCGAGGUUUGCAGCACCCAGAAGGGCAGCGACACCAUCAACGUGGUGGGCGACUCGGUGAGGUUCACCCCGUGCAGCCCCUCCAGCCCCGACUUCACCACCUGGUCCUGCUCCAAGUGCACCCUCAAGAACCCCACCCAGGCGCAGAAGUGCAAGGUGUGUGGCUCCUCCAAGCUGCACGGCUUCCAGGAGCACGGCCUGCCGGGAGAGCCGGCCCCGCGCUGCCCCGACUGCGGCGACAGGGGCGGCUGUUCCUGCGGCUCCAAGGCCCCGUCCGCCCGCAAGGUCGCCCGGCUCUUCCCGUCCCCGCUGCCCGGCGGGCAGGACAGGCCGGGCCAGUGGGCCUGUCCCGCCUGCACCCUGCUCAACGAGGGCAAGGCCAAGCACUGCGGGGCCUGCCACACCCCCCAGCAGUACAUCACCCAGCGCAAGGGCCUCAAGCCCCUCAAGAGGAGGGAGAGCAUGCACGUGGAGAAGAGGCGGCAGACGGACGAGGGGGAGGCCAAAGCCCUCUGGGAAAACAUCGUGACCUUCUGCCGGGAGAACAAAGUGAAUUUUGUAGAUGACAGUUUCCCCCCUGGGCCCAAGUCCGUGGGGUUCCCGGAAGGUGACAGUGUGCAGCAGCGGGUCAAGCAGUGGCUGCGGCCCCACGAAAUCAACUGCAGCAUCUUCAAGGACCGGUCAGUGAAGUGGUCGGUGUUCCGGACACCCAGGCCCUCGGACAUCCUGCAGGGCCUGCUGGGAAACUGCUGGUUCCUGAGCGCCCUGGCCGUGCUGGCCGAGCGGCCCGAGCUGGUGGAGAGGGUGAUGAUCACCAGGACUCUGUGCUCCGAGGGCGCCUACCAGGUGCGGCUGUGCAAGGACGGCACCUGGACCACGGUGCUGGUGGAUGACAUGCUGCCCUGCGACGAGUGCGGGUACCUGCUCUUCUCGCAGGCCCAGAGGAAGCAGCUGUGGGUCGCCCUCAUCGAGAAGGCGCUGGCCAAGCUGCACGGUUCGUACUUCGCCCUCCAGGCCGGGCGUGCCAUCGAGGGCCUGGCCACGCUCACGGGGGCCCCCUGCGAGAGCCUGAUGCUGCAGGUCAGCUCCACUAACCCUCGUGAGGAGCCCAUUGACACUGACCUCAUCUGGGCCAAAAUGCUGAGUUCUAAGGAGGCUGGGUUCCUCAUGGGCGCAUCCUGUGGGGGAGGCAACAUGAAGGUGGACGACGUGGCCUACGAGAGCAUGGGGCUGCGGCCCCGGCACGCCUACUCCAUCCUGGACGUGAGGGAUGUCCAGGGCUUCAGGUUACUGCGGCUCCGGAAUCCCUGGGGCCGCUUCUCCUGGAACGGCAGCUGGUCGGACGAGUGGCCGCACUGGCCGGCACCCCUGCGCCACGACCUGAUGCCCCAUGGCAGCAGUGAGGGCGUGUUCUGGAUGGAGUACAGCGACUUCAUCAAGUAUUUUGACUCCGUGGAUAUCUGCAAACUCCAUUCAGACUGGCAUGAGGUGCGUGUGCAGGGCAUGUUCCCCAACAAGGCCAACGGGCCGGUGACAGUGACGUCGCUGACAGUGUUGGAACGUGCAGCCCUGGAGUUUGCCCUCUUCCAGGAGGGCAGCAGGCGGUCAGACACGGUGGACAGUCACCUGCUGGAUCUGUGCAUCAUGGUUUUCCGGGCCACCUUCACCAGCGGGAACAAGCUGAGCCUGGGCCGGCUCAUGGCCCACAGCAAACGAGCCGUCAAGAAGUUCGUCAACUGCGACGUGAUGCUGGAGCCGGGCGAGUACGCCGUGGUGUGCUGUGCCUUCAACCACUGGAGCACUGCCCUGGCCGGCCCUGCCACCCAGGCUUCCAGUCCCACCAGCAGCCGACCAGCCACUGAUUAUUCCAGCUACAUCCUGGCCAUCUACAGCUCCCGCCUGGUGAUGGUGGAGCAGGUGGAGGCACAGCCCACCACGCUGGCAGAUGCCAUCAUCCUGCUGACUGAGAACAAGGGCGAGCGCCACGAGGGCCGUGAAGGGAUGACCUGCUACUACCUGACACAUGGCUGGGCAGGGCUCAUCGUGGUGGUGGAGAACCGGCACCCCAAGUCCUACCUGCACGUCCAGUGUGACUGCACCGACAGCUUCAACGUGGUGUCCACGCGCGGCAGCCUCAAGACACAGGACAGCGUCCCCCCCCUGCACAGGCAGGUGCUGGUGAUCCUGUCCCAGCUGGAGGGUAAUGCCGGGUUCUCCAUCACGCACCGCCUGGCACACCGCAAAGCCACCCAGGCCUUCCUCAAUGACUGGAUGCUGACCAAGGGCACCCACAACCCGCUGCUCACGCCCGAGGUCGCGGGGCUGCACGGCCCCCGGCCCCUAUGACGAAGCGCCUCCCCCUCCCUGCCCGGCUCCCCCGUCACUGUCCCCGAGCCCCUGGCCCGGGUGCUCCCCCGAGCCAGCAGCGCUGAGCCAGGGGCAGAGCCGGGGGGUCGCUCCCAGCACUUUGGCCCCCCCGCGGGGCCGGGUGAGCUCUCGGCGCCAGGACCAGCCCCGCCCGCUGCCCCCGCCCGGCCCCGCCGGCCCCCACGCACUUCACGAGGAGCGUUGGGGGCACGGGGCCAUCUCAGGAUCCCCCCUGCCCCGUACCUGGGCCCGGUGCCCUCUGCCCGCCCCGGGGGGCGGUGGGAGAGGGGGGGCUGGAGGUUGCUGUCAAAGCCCUUCCCAGGCACCACGCUCAGGACUCUGCCCCUUCCUGCGGCGCCAGGGCGCUGGUGCUGCAAAAAGAAGAAUAUACCUCUGAUGUCUGUCCGUCUGUGUGACCCUCUGUGUGUCCCCGGGCCCUCCCGCUGUCUUGUUCCCUCAUGUCCACUCCCAGGACCAACGUGGCAUCAAGGAUGGGCCGGGGGGUGCCGGGGUCACCCUGCCAUGGUGCUGCCCAUGCCAGGGACCCACUGUGGUGCCCAGACUCCCCGUCCACCCCACCUGUCCCAGGUGCCAGGCUGGGGAGGAAAGGGCACAGGGUUGUUCUGGAAAGCUGCUCUGAGGGGUUUCACUGUAAUUGGGGUGAAACUCAGAGGUGCCCCCUCUGCUGUGACUGUGGAUGGGAAGCAAGGCCAUGGGUUGAUGCUCGUGGGGGCUGUGGCAGCGGGGACCCCCCUCAACUGUCACACAAGUGUUACUAUGCAAAGGCGGCCGGUGGAAGCAGUGCCUGGAGAGAAGCCAUGGCCCAAACUGGGCUCAGCCCCCUGGGCACUGCCCUGCAGGGGCAGCAGGACAGACCUGGGGGUGGGGAGCAUGCCCCUGGUGUUGCCGUGUGCUGGGGAGGGGGUUGAUUUUGGGGGGGAAGUGGAGAGCCCCCUCCUGCAGAGGCCGAGUGAGCACAAGGUGAAGGCUGUGAGGGCCUCGGGGUGCUGCUGGUCCCAUGGGUGCUCCGGGGCAGGGGCUGAUCCUGGUGGGAGCUGUUCCCAUGCUUUCAGGGCAUCGUGGCUCUCUGACUUGGCACGUGUGUGUGUGUGUGUGUGUGUGUGUGUGUGUACAUGUGUGUGUGUUUUGGGGGUCCCCCUGUGUACCUUCUCCUUCCCAAGCUGUGUGGACCUGCAGCUGAGGGAGGUGGUGGGCAAUGCUAGACCCUCUUCUGGCAGGGACUGUGCUGGGGGGCACCCUGCACCCCAAUCCCUGCACCCCAAACCCUGCACCAGCAGCUGGGCUGGGCAGGGGUGUGUGUGGGGCCCUGCCCAGCCUGUCCCUCUGUGUCCCCCAGGGGGUGGGCAGGGGGGUGGGCUGCCCCGGCACCCUCCUGGUCCCCCCAGCUGGGACUGCUGAGCCAAGCUCUGUCUGUAUUUUUGUUUGUCGAUCUGUUUUCUCUCUUUCCAACUCCUUCCUCCUCGGGAUGAUUUGUCCUUCACUUUUUUUCUCCUCUCUCUUUCUGUUUUUCUGAGCUGUGAAUAUUUUUAACCCUGUAAAUACUGUCCAGCUCUUCAGAAUCAUAGGAUAUUUUAUCAAUUGUAAAUCAGAUCAGUAAUCCCUGUAUGAUACGAAUUAUCCAUGGGUGGUUUUCAAACUCAGGUUCUGAUGGACCAAAUAAAGUUUUGUUUUUUACUGAA